CUACAAGGGCAGCAAGUUCCACCGCGUCAUCCAGGACUUCAUGAUCCAGGGUGGAGACUUCACCCGUGGCGAUGGAACCGGAGGCCGCUCGAUCUACGGUGAGCGCUUCGCUGACGAGAACUUCAAGCUGAAGCACUAUGGAGCCGGAUGGCUGUCGAUGGCCAACGCCGGCAAGGACACCAACGGUUCGCAGUUCUUCAUCACGGUCAAGCAGACCAGCUGGCUGGACGGACGCCACGUCGUGUUCGGCAAGGUGCUGGAGGGAAUGGACAUCGUCCGCAAGAUCGAAAAGACCAAAACCGACGGUCGUGACCGCCCGGUCAACGAUGUGGUGAUUGCCGACAGUGGCUCGCUGCCGGUGGAUGCUCCAUUCUCCGUGGAGAAGGCCGAUGCCUAGAUGGUUUCCGCGAGGAUCGAGUGCGGGGUGAGAUAGCCUAUUAGGAAAAUUUGCCAAACAAAACAGACCCCGGGCGUGCAUUUAUUGAGAUUUAUCACAUAUGAUAAUGAGAAGAGAGAAAAUAAAAUGAAGAACAGUGAUUUUAACGUAAA